CUCCCUUUUCUAGAAUCUGGAUACUUCUUCUAUCACAAUGGCAUUGCCAAAGCCAGGAGAAGACGCAGUCUUCAACACAAACUUCAUUUGGAAAAGGACUCCAGGGUGAGGAAAGCUGUGCAGCAGGAGGGCUUCAGCAGAAGGAAACGAGGAUAUAGAGACAUCAAUGACAUUGACAUCAACAUGAACGACCCUUUAUUUACGAAGCAAUGGUACCUGAUUAACACUGGUCAAGCAGAUGGGACUCCUGGACUUGACCUUAACGUAGCUGAAGCAUGGGAACUGGGAUACACAGGGAAGGGAGUAACCAUAGGAAUUAUGGAUGAUGGAAUCGAUUAUCUGCAUCCUGAUCUUGCAUCCAAUUAUAAUGCCAAAGCCAGCUAUGACUUCAGCAGUAAUGAUCCCUUUCCCUAUCCCCGCUAUACAGAUGACUGGUUUAACAGCCAUGGGACAAGGUGUGCAGGAGAGGUGUCUGCUGCUGCCAACAACAACAUCUGCGGCGUGGGAGUUGCUUACAACUCCAAGGUGGCAGGUAUUCGAAUGCUUGACCAGCCAUUUAUGACAGACAUUAUUGAGGCUUCCUCCAUCAGUCAUAUGCCUCAAGUCAUAGAUAUAUAUAGUGCCAGCUGGGGACCAACUGAUAAUGGGAAGACUGUGGAUGGACCUAGAGAGCUAACACUGCAAGCAAUGGCAGAUGGUGUGAACAAGGGUCGGGGUGGCAAAGGCAGCAUCUAUGUCUGGGCCUCUGGAGAUGGGGGCAGCUAUGAUGACUGUAACUGCGAUGGUUAUGCAUCGAGCAUGUGGACCAUCUCCAUCAAUUCUGCCAUAAACGACGGACGGACAGCUCUGUAUGAUGAAAGUUGCUCUUCAACCUUAGCCUCCACCUUUAGUAACGGGAGGAAGAGAAAUCCGGAGGCCGGCGUGGCUACAACGGAUUUGUAUGGCAAUUGCACCCUGCGUCACUCAGGCACAUCUGCAGCUGCCCCCGAAGCAGCCGGAGUGUUCGCCCUGGCCCUGGAGGCUAACUUGGAUCUGACAUGGAGAGACAUGCAGCAUCUGACAGUGCUCACCUCCAAGAGGAACCAGCUCCAUGAUGAAGUUCAUCGAUGGCGUAGGAAUGGUGUUGGGCUGGAGUUCAAUCAUUUGUUUGGCUAUGGUGUCCUAGAUGCAGGAGCAAUGGUUAGGAUGGCAAAAGACUGGAAGACUGUUCCCGAGAGAUUCCAUUGUGUCGGAGGGUCGAUACAGGAACCUGAGAAGAUACCACCAAGUGGCAAGCUGGUCCUCACACUGACAACUGAUGCUUGUGAGGGGAAGGAAAACUUUGUCCGAUACCUUGAACAUGUCCAGGCAGUUAUAACUGUGAAUUCCACUCGACGAGGAGACCUCAACAUCAACAUGACCUCACCGAUGGGAACAAAGUCCAUUUUGCUGAGCCGGCGCCCCAGGGAUGACGACUCCAAGGUGGGUUUUGACAAAUGGCCUUUCAUGACCACACACACUUGGGGAGAAGACCCCCGAGGCACCUGGGCUCUAGAGAUUGGGUUUGUUGGUGGCCAGCCCCAGCGGGGUGUGCUGAAGGAGUGGACAUUGAUGCUGCACGGGACUCAGAGUGCACCGUACAUAGACCAAAUAGUAAAAGAUUAUCAGUCCAAACUGGCCAUGUCCAAGAAGGAAGAGCUGGAGGAAGAAUUAGAUGAAGCAGUGGAGAGAAGCCUGAAGAGUAUACUGAGCAAGAACUAAUGCUUUUCUGCAUGACAGUGUCUUUCCUUCCCCAGACCCCUCCACUCACCUUUCUACUAUCCAAACCUCUGUGUUAGGCAUACUACAAUGAUCGUCUCUGUAGCCAAAUUAUCACCCUUUCUAGAUUUUAAAGUCUUAUAUCUCAUCAGUAAUUAUUUUAAUUACCAUUGAAGCAAUCCUUUUUUACUCUAAACCACAAAUGUACUGUGUCCCUCCAAAUACUAUGUACAGUUUGUGACUGCAAAUUAUUAUUUUUUUUGUGUCAUACAAAUA